AGCCUCUAAGUAUACUACAAGCAGCACGCAUGAAAAUUGUGAGACUGUGCAAGCAGAAGAUAACAUAGACACAACUUUUGAAGCCAGUUUGACAAAUGUUGCUAUAGAAAAGGCACAAACUGCAUUAGAAAAUGAGCUUGCUGACGAGCUUCCCUCAAAAAAGACUGUUGAAGCAGCAGAUCCAAAUGAGGAAGUUGAACUGGCUUCUGAAUCCAUGGCUAAAGAUCGAAGUGACGAAAAGAUUUAUCAAGCUAAGGAAAAAAGCAACUCUGACGACAAUGUUUCUGAAUCUAGAGAAAACGUUCCAGAUAAAAAAUUUCAAAGUGGAAUACAGGGAGAAGUUGGCAUGCAAUUUGAAGUUGAGCGCCAUACGAGUGUCAUAAGAGAUGCAGAUGCUGUGGUGAUUGGGGGCAGUACUGACAAUGUCCCUGCUGCAACUGAAAAGGCCAAUGAAAGUGAAAAAAUCCUAGAACACAGCCCAGAGCCUACGAGCAAUCUGAAGGAAUCUGACAGCUUAUCUGCAUGUUAUGGAACCGUUAAUGAGGCUACAGCAACAAACUCAGGGUUUAUAGAACAGGGUGAAAAAAUGGAUUUAGUGAGGGAAAGAGAGUUUAGACUCUCGGAGAAUCUUACCAAGGAAAAUGAAGACUUUUCUUUGACUACCAUAGAAGCAUCAGAGGAAGGAGAAGCUAAAAAAAUUUUGGAUACCAUUGAUUCAGAAGAUAGUAGGGACAAGCAUAUCCAAGGAAUUGCAGAACGUGGAUGGGAGAUGGGUCAAGAGGCCAGUGACAAAGCUCCUACAACAGGAGACGAACAAAGUGCAAUGGAACAUUCCAUCAAGAAUAGUAGCACAGCGUGUCAAACUGACAGUAACGACAAUCAGCAUGAAGAGAAGUCAGAAGCAACUGAGAACGGGAAAUAUGAUAACACUAAAGCCAACCACCCUCCAGAUGAUAAAGAUGGAAAGAAUGUCAUGAAGGCAGAAACAAAGCUAACCCAAGAAAAUGCAGGGGCUGAGCCACAAAUCACAGGCAGAAGAACAGAGGUCUUGGUCCAAGGUGAAAAGGACCAGGAAGUGGAAGCCGACAGGCCACAGAAAGAACAAAUUAACACAACAGAAGUAAGUGAAUCCACGGGAGAAAUCCAAGAGCUAGAGGAAGCCGCCUUGGGAGAAGUGGACAUAAAUGCCACCGAAAAAGAAGAUGCUGAGACCAGAGAGACAAAAGAAGAUACAGAGAGAGGCCUUCAAAAGCCAGCUGGAGAAACCGUGCCGGAAGUUCAACUCGAAAUAGCAGAGUCCACAAAUAUAACAAUGGAAAGCACACGAACUGAAGAAGGAAACGCUGCGUCGUCUACAGAAGAACAUCUGCGAGCAGCUAAACACGUGGAUCACGUAACAGACUCGGCAGAGAAAGCUCAAAAGGCAGAAACCUCACAAUGUGGGGAGACCAAAGAAGAGUGUGAAAAAGACAAUGGCGUAGAUGGAAACCAAACAAUGGAGCCAUUACGGUCUCAUGAUUCCGCCAUGGUCGAAACUCUUAAAGACCACGAGGAAGCCAGAGUUAAGCACAAGAAAUCUCAUAACAUCUUAUCAGGCGUUGGGUCAAAGGUCAAGCAUUCGAUUUCCAAGGUGAAGAAAGCUAUUACAGGCAAGUCUUCACAUCCCAAGACAACGUCACCAAAAUAACGAAAGCAAUCGGCCUCUACAGCUCUGCUCCUGUAAAACAGAAAUACAUAGCAUUGCGUGAGCUUGUUCACCGUUUGAAUUGCUUUUUUUUUUUUUAAUACCGAAGAUUUGAUUGUUCGAAAUACUACAAAUAAAUGGUUUGGGUUUGGUGCGCAUGCCGGUAUGCUGAGACUUGCGUUUGAGGGAUUUCGUUCUUCAUUUGGUGGCUUGCAUUUUUUUGAAGCACUGUAAAAAUUAUGAGGGAAUAAUUGUUGUAUAGAAUAAUCAAGAAAGGUUUUGCCUCUUCAUUUCA